CAGCGCUGGCCCACAGCUCGAAAUUCGCUUGCGCGCAAACUCGAACUUUUCCUUUCGACAACCACAAGCCGGAGCAACUCUUUUAGGAACUUUAUCAAUCACUUCCUAUACGCAACGAUGGCCCCCAAGAAGAGCAAGAGAACCGCCGACUCCAUCAACUCGCGCCUGGCGCUUGUGAUGAAGUCCGGAAAGGUCACCCUCGGCUACAAGUCCACCCUCAAGAGUCUUCGCUCCGGCAAGGCCAAGCUUGUCAUCAUUGCCGGCAACACCCCCCCUCUCCGCAAGUCUGAGCUUGAGUACUACGCCAUGCUUUCCAAGACCUCGGUGCACCACUUCUCCGGCAACAACAUCGAGCUCGGUACCGCCUGCGGUAAGCUCUUCCGCUGCUCGACCAUGGCUAUCCUCGAUGCCGGUGACUCCGACAUCCUGACCACCAGCACCGAGAACUAAACAGUUGCUCUGAGAGUGAGGGGUCCAGAUAGAAUUGAUACCUACGUACAGCUUCAGUGCUAGUGCGAUGACGAUAUCCAAUGAAUGACAAGAUUUGAGAGCCGCAAAAGGCCGCCAGACAA